AGAAGGCUUCAUGAUGCAGAAAACACCCAAAAAAGCGUAAAAAAUGAAAAAGAAAACCGUAAGAAGCAGUUCGCUUCCGAUUCAGAAACAUUGAAGAGUUGCAGUUGGAGAUCUCAAUUCUUCAAUCCCCUGAAGGACACAAUCAAUUGUUCUUUUGGUUUUCUUUCUUGAAUGGAGGGCUUAUUGUCUCCUAGAACCAGUUGUUCUUGGUCAUGGCGAAUUCCAAGGGGUCAACAGACAUAAGAGAUUUGAUCUUUUCUGGAAAGCAUGCUUUACUUCCACCAAAAAGUCCAUAUCCUACAGUUUCCCAAACAUAUAUUGAUCAUGACCUCAACAAUGUAAAUGGAUCAAUUCAAAAUCCUAGAGAGGGAAAUACACACCACCUGCGCACAUCCUCUGAAAGUUUUCUGAUAGAGGAACAACCCUCUUGGCUGGAUGAUCUUCUUAAUGAGCCAGAGACACCUGUGCGCAGAGGAGGUCAUCGUCGUUCAUCCAGUGACUCUUUUGCAUAUAAUGAUGUAUCUAAUGCUUGUAACCUAGAUUAUGCAGCACAGGAGGAGUACAGAUAUAAAAAUAUCAUUUCUGCACCUUCUUGGGCAUCUCUGGAAUAUGAUUAUCACAGUCAAAAAGAUGCCCAGCUUCCUGCUUUCUUCACUGAUGUGAACUUGGUCAAGCAAAAAAAUAGGGCAUGGGAUUCAUCUUUGAAUCCCGUGACUCAUCCGAGUGGGCAUUCUUAUCGUAGAGAAAGCACCAUUCUUCAGGGUACAGGAUCAUCAUGUGCUCAAAAAGUAGAGAGUGUUCCACCAACAGCGAGUGAAAAACAAGAUUCUAUUGGAUCUGCCCUUCUUGAUGCAAAAGCUUCUUCUGAGAAAAAGGAUAAUUCUUAUGCUAAGUCUUUAUCUGACAGUGAUUCAAAACGGGCAAAGCAGCAGUUUGCUCAACGCUCAAGGGUGCGCAAACUUCAAUACAUAGCUGAGCUGGAAAGAAAUGUUCAAGCUUUGCAGGCCGAGGGAUCUGAAGUUUCAGCUGAGCUCGAAUUUCUCAAUCAGCAGAAUCUUCUUCUUAACAUGGAGAACAAAGCUCUUAAACAACAUUUAGAGAGUUUAGCCCAGGAGCAGCAUAUCAAACAUCUUGAGCAUGAAGUAUUGGAGAGGGAGAUCGGUAGGCUUAGAGUCUUGUACCAGCAACAGCGGCAGCAGCAGCCAUCUUCAUCAUCUAGCCAUCGACGCUCCCGCAGUAGAGAUCUUGAAUCCCAAUUUACAAACCUCUCUCUGAAACACAAGGAUGCCAAUUUAGGCUAAAGCAAAGUUCAUCAGCCACCGUGACUUAGCUUCUCUUUAUUUUAUUUGUCAGUCGGCUCUUAACCCUUUUUUACCCCUUUUAACAUCUUCAUGUGCAGCACCUGGUCAUUAUUGCCAUAAAAUUGUCUUUAUUAUUCUUUUUGCAGACAUAUGAUUCACCUGAGGAGGUUAACAUAAGAGCAGGUUCCAUGUUUCACUUUGACUCCCUCGUGUGUCUUGUAUGUUCAUCAAUGGUUAUGAUUUAGAUAUUUUUUUAUAUGCCCCAUCAAUUUCUGAGUAUCAACGUUAGUGCUGAGAUCUUUAGGAUGUCUGGAUGUGCAUUAUUUUUGUAUUGCAUAACGGAAGGGAAACAUUUUUCUUGUAAACUGUUUUUAAUUGAAAAUUCAUGAUUUCUCUU